GGCAGCAGCCAACUGAGAGUUGAGUGGAAAAGAAAAUAGCAAUCCUGGACGCUGGAACUGUCCAUUUUUUUUUUUUUUUGGCAGGGGAAGGGAUUAAAUAAAAUCUUUUUGGGGAGGGCUCAGCUCUGGGCUUUCAUGGCCAAAAUACUAAAGAUCAACUCCAUGUGUGUGACCCAACUGUCCUGGAAGCUUCAAAUGGGAAGAGACUGCAAACUUUAAGUUGUGCCUUUAGCUGCAGCCAAGAAAAAAAAGUGAGGUGGGGGGAAUCUGCAAGUGGUCUGGGGUUCGAUGCUCUGGAAAGUUCCAAGGCUUGUGGCUUGAAUUAUUCUAAAGAAGCUGAAGUGACUGAAGAGAAGCAGAGGCAGGCUGUUCCUGAGGACCCUGCUCCACAGAGAAUGUUCUGCUCCCGUUGAUACUCCAGUUCCAACACCACCUUCUGAGAUGAUCCUGAUUCCCAGAAUGCCCUUGGUACUGCUCCUGCUGUUGCCUAUCUUGAAUGCUGCAGAAGCUCAGGUUAAUCCAGCUAUAUGCCGCUAUCCUCUGGGCAUGUCAGGAGGCCACAUUCCAGAUGAGGAUAUCACAGCCUCCAGUCAGUGGUCAGAGUCUACAGCCGCCAAGUAUGGAAGGCUGGACUCAGAAGAAGGAGAUGGAGCCUGGUGUCCUGAGAUUCCAGUGGAACCUGAUGACCUGAAGGAAUUUCUGCAGAUUGACUUGCACACCCUACAUUUUAUUACUCUGGUGGGGACCCAGGGACGCCAUGCAGGGGGUCAUGGCAUUGAGUUUGCCCCUAUGUACAAGAUCAAUUACAGUCGGGAUGGCACUCGCUGGAUCUCUUGGCGGAACCGGCAUGGGAAACAGGUGCUGGAUGGAAACAGUAACCCCUAUGACAUUUUCCUAAAGGACUUGGAGCCACCCAUUGUGGCCAGAUUUGUCCGGUUCAUUCCAGUCACUGACCACUCCAUGAACGUGUGCAUGAGGGUGGAGCUUUACGGCUGUGUCUGGCUGGAUGGCUUGGUGUCUUACAAUGCUCCAGCUGGGCAGCAGUUUGUACUCCCUGGAGGCUCCAUCAUUUAUCUGAACGACUCUGUCUAUGAUGGAGCUGUUGGGUACAGCAUGACGGAAGGCCUAGGCCAGUUGACAGAUGGAGUGUCUGGCCUGGACGAUUUCACCCAGACACACGAGUACCACGUGUGGCCCGGCUAUGACUACGUGGGCUGGCGGAAUGAGAGUGCCACCAAUGGCUACAUUGAGAUCAUGUUUGAAUUUGACCGCAUCAGGAAUUUCACUACCAUGAAGGUCCACUGCAAUAACAUGUUUGCCAAAGGUGUGAAGAUCUUUAAGGAAGUGCAGUGCUACUUCCGCUCUGAUGCCAAUGAAUGGGAGCCUAAUGUCGUGUCCUUCCCCCUUGUCCUGGAUGACGUCAACCCCAGUGCUCGGUUUGUCACGGUGCCCCUUCACCACCGAAUGGCCAGUGCCAUCAAGUGCCAAUACCACUUUGCUGACACCUGGAUGAUGUUCAGUGAGAUCACCUUCCAAUCAGAUGCUGCAAUGUAUAACAACUCUGGAGCCCUGCCCACCUCUCCCAUGGCACCUACAACCUAUGACCCAAUGCUUAAAGUCGAUGACAGCAACACUCGGAUCCUGAUUGGCUGUUUGGUGGCCAUCAUCUUCAUCCUCCUGGCUAUCAUUGUCAUCAUCCUCUGGAGGCAGUUCUGGCAGAAAAUGCUGGAGAAGGCUUCCAGGAGGAUGCUGGAUGAUGAAAUGACAGUCAGCCUUUCCCUGCCAAGUGAUUCCAGCAUGUUCAACAAUAACCGCUCCUCAUCUCCAAGUGAACAGGAGUCUAACUCCACUUACGAUCGCAUCUUUCCCCUUCGCCCUGACUACCAGGAGCCAUCUAGGCUCAUACGAAAACUUCCGGAGUUUGCUCCAGGGGAGGAAGAGUCAGGCUGCAGUGGCCUGGUGAAGCCAGUCCAGCCCAGUGGCCCCGAGGGUGUGCCCCACUACGCUGAGGCUGACAUAGUGAAUCUCCAGGGAGUGACAGGCGGCAACACCUACUCAGUGCCUGCCGUCACCAUGGACCUGCUCUCAGGGAAAGACGUGGCUGUGGAAGAGUUCCCCAGGAAACUCUUAACUUUCAAGGAGAAACUGGGAGAAGGCCAGUUUGGGGAGGUUCAUCUCUGUGAGGUGGAGGGAAUGGAAAAAUUCAAAGACAAAGACUUUGCCCUGGAUGUCAGUGCCAACCAGCCUGUACUGGUGGCCGUGAAAAUGCUCCGAGCAGAUGCCAACAAGAAUGCCAGGAAUGAUUUUCUUAAGGAGAUAAAAAUCAUGUCCCGUCUCAAGGACCCAAACAUCAUCCGUCUCUUAGCCGUGUGUAUCACCGAGGACCCUCUCUGCAUGAUCACUGAGUACAUGGAGAAUGGAGAUCUCAACCAGUUUCUCUCCCGCCAUGAACCUCCAAAUUCUUCCUCCAGUAAUGUGCCCACUGUCAGUUAUACCAACCUGAAGUUUAUGGCUACCCAGAUUGCCUCUGGCAUGAAAUACCUUUCCUCUCUUAAUUUUGUCCAUCGAGAUCUGGCCACACGUAACUGCUUAGUGGGUAAGAACUACACCAUCAAGAUAGCCGACUUUGGGAUGAGCAGAAACCUGUACAGCGGUGACUAUUACCGGAUCCAGGGUCGGGCAGUGCUCCCAAUCCGCUGGAUGUCUUGGGAGAGCAUCUUGCUGGGCAAAUUCACUACAGCAAGUGAUGUGUGGGCCUUUGGGGUUACUCUGUGGGAAACUUUCACCUUUUGCCAGGAGCAGCCCUAUUCCCAGCUGUCAGAUGAACAGGUUAUUGAGAACACCGGAGAGUUCUUCCGAGACCAAGGGAGGCAGACAUAUCUUCCGCAGCCAGCCAUUUGUCCUGACUCUGUGUAUAAGCUGAUGCUUAGCUGCUGGAGGAGAGAUACGAAGCAUCGUCCCUCGUUCCAAGAGAUCCACCUUCUGCUCCUUCAACAAGGGGACGAGUGAUGCCAUCCACGCCUGGCAACAUUUUGAUGGCCCAGGUCCUCCUCACAAUACCUACCACUCACCCAUGCCUAAGCCACUCGGUCUGGACAUUUCAUGAACCUGAGAGACAAAGGCUAGUUUGCUUUGCUCUCUCUCUUCCUCACCUCCUCCCACUGCACUCCUCUACUCCCUACCCUUAACUCAUAUAUCCUUUUUUUUUUUUUUACAUUAGAACUCGAAAAAGAGAGAAAAAAGCCUAGGGCAGAUAAAAUCUAGUAAAAGAAAUCUAAUUUGAUAUACCAAAGGCUAGAAAAUUCAGAGAAUUUAGAAACGUUAAAUAUGCCUGUGUUUAUACAUGUGCAGAUUCUAGAAUAUUUUUUCCAUGUCACCUUAAAAAAAAUCUUCAGGAAGAAGAACUUGAAGAAUACUAAUGUCUUCAGAAACAGCAUUAGGCAUAGGGACAACACUUGAUAGAUGUGCAGACUCUGAGGACUCAGUUUUCCGUAGCUAACCACAGAUGGUUCUCUAAUUUGGCGUCCGAACAUGUCCCAUUCUGUGUAUUUCCCUCUCCCCACAAAGUGGAUGACACGUUCUUGGAAACACCCAAUGUUUUGGUCAUUCAGGGGCAGGGGUCAGGGUUGAAGUUCAUAUGUAAAACAACAAGGGAUGUGGAUAGGGAAAAACGUGUGCUGCAAGGCUGUUUAAAGGGGAAUUGUCAUAUGAAAAAGUACCUCACGCGUGGAAGGAUUCUUGAAUAGAUAACAGACACAAGAAAUGAAGGGGUGUGGAGAGGGCCGGGUCACAGGUGUGCUAUCCAGUACUCAUUGGUGAUUUCUGCAGAGAGGUCUCUUCUUUGUCUUGGUCAGACAUUUUCAUGUUUGAUAUGUGUUUUAGUGAGAACCUGAUUUUUUUAAUCAGUAAAAUCUGGUGUUUUUCUGCUCAAGAUAUCCUUUUGAUAUCUUGAUAGAAAGCUUUUUGGUCAUCUGGUCCAAAUGUCCUGGCUGUUUUAGUGGAUGAAGCCUUUGUAGGACCUUUGGUCUGGAGGCUGAAUUACUCAGGCAUAAAUUCCUAAAGGCCAUGUGUAAUAGGGAAUAAUAGAUCAAUUCCAAGUGUCCCUGAAAGGCUGACUUAGGACCAAUAAGGAGAAGGUACAAGGAGAUUAAUUUCCACUUUUUAUCAUGGAAAACAUACAAGGAUAAAUGGGCUGCCUCCAGAGAUGUCCCUAAAGAGGUUCUGAUAUAGCCUGAAGAACUGUGCAGUAAAGAAGGAGAUUUUCACACACGAGGCAGAUGGUUGUAGGAGACAAUGUUUAUGUCCUUCUAACUGCGAAAGUCCUUGAUUUCAGAACAGCACAGGAAGAGCUCCCACUGCUGCUGUCUGGUGCACAUGCUCUGGGCUCUGAGACGGAGCCACCAGCAGAGAAGAAAGCGGGAGGUUUUGCUUUCAGAAUUCAUGGAAAUGAACAGGGUCAAGGAGGAGUCCCCUUCCAGCAGAUUCUGGGCUUUCAUAUUCUGCAAAUCCUCAGAUUCAGUGGGAAGCUGGAAAAGGGAACCCUAAUUCUCAUGGAGGAGAAACAAAAGAAAAGAUGACAGAGUAAGCGUUCCAAGCUGAGAAAAGACAGUCUUGACUUGAUGAAUCUGCCUCUGCCCUCACCUGGCCACCUCCUGCAUGGUUUCUCAGGAAUGUGUUCCCUCCAUUCAGCCUCUAACAUGGUUUCAGGCCAGAGCACAAGCAUAAAUCUAAAUCCCAAGUCCCAAAGAUCCAUUUUGCAGGUCUUCUCUAACCCUAACAAAGGCUCUCUCCCCACAGUUGUCCUAUGACUCUGGGUUUUAGUCUCUCCUAGGACCAAUUUUGGAGAGAUCAUUGCUUUUGAGAGUCACGAGAACAUUGCUUUGGAAGCUUUAUCAUUUUUCUGCCUCAACCCUAGUGUGUCCUGUUGAGUAAAUCACUUUGCCUCUCUGCAUUUUGUUUCCUUAUCUAUCAAAUGAGGAAAGUGGAUUAGAUGGCCUUGAAGUUCCUUCUGGUUCUGAUUUGUCUAGUACUACCCAAUAAUUGGAUCUAUAACUGAUGUGGAUUGAGAAAUUUGGUCAUCUCCUACUCUGAAAAUUGUGACCAGCAAAAGAGAUCAUGGAAGAAAUCACCGUAAUGAUAGUCAUAGUAACAUCUGCUAUUUGUACAGUGCUUUAGUUUACCAGAUGUUUCCACAAACAUUUUCAUGUUUGAUAUGUACAGGGCCAUUUUCUCUUAUACCUUGGGAACUGCCACAUUCUGCUUUCAAUAUAAGUGUUAACUUGGUUAGAAUCAAAGGGACUUAAAAACAAGCAAACAAACAAAAGCAUUAAAGGGACCUGAAAUCAAGACUUAUUCUCUUUUAUCCACAUGUCUCUGGUAGGGACACAUCCUGAUCAUGUCAUGGAUUUUUAUAUAGCAAGAAAAAGAUACUAUCAAUUUGCCUUCCUUUGCCUAAUAUCUUUCCAUUUAUUUCUUCUUAUGCCUAUGCCCCAAUUCACUGGGUAUUCUAUGAUGCCAUUUUAUUUUUUAAAUCAUGUUUAAAAUGAACUUAUUAUGCCUGUAUUUUCCUGGCUUUGAAUCAUAGAAGUAAUCUGUUAGAGGUGGCUGCCAAAUAUGUAUUAUCAUGUAACACAUACAUGUAUCCCUUUUUGGGAUGAGGAAAGCUUCAUCUUCUGGCAUCGACACCGUCUUACUACAGGCACAGGCUUUCCUUCUAGCUUAAUCAAGCCUACAGAGAUUAGGAGCAUAUGGAAGGAAUACACAGAGUGCAUGGAAAAGGCUUAGUAUGUAAAAUUUAAAAACAGCUGGAGUUUUGGUGCUCAUAGCACAGUGGUUAUGGUGCCAGCCACAAACACUGAGACUGGAGGGUUUGAACCUGGCCCAGGCCAGCUAAACAACAAUGACAAAUGCAACAACAAAAAUAGCCCUGUGUUGUGGUGGGCACCUGUAGUCCCAGCUACUUGGGAGGCUGAGGCAAGAGAAUCACUUGAGCCCAAGAGUUUGAGGAUGCUGUGAGUUGUGAUGCCAUGGCACUCUACCCAGGACAACAUAGUGAGACUCUAUCUCAAAAGAAACAAUAAAAUAAAAUCAAAAUAGCUUGAAUCUAAAUUAGAAGAAUGAAGCCAGAACUUAUUUGGAAAAGGAGAUCGAAAACAAACAAACAAACAAACAAACAAAAAAAAAAACCAUGAGACACGUGGGCCCUCAUUACCUUUGCAGUGAGUUCUCCUCUUCAUGAUUUAUGUGAACUAUUUUAUGUGUUGUGGAUGGUCAGAUCUAAAUGUGUUCUCUUGCCAGUUGAUGUGCUAAUAGCUAGUUCCAAAUCUUGUCAUGCUGCCCAGACAAACAUGUGGUCAGAAAAGGUUUGGAGUGGAAAGAGGCACCUGAGGAGAAAAUAUACUUUUAAUGCUGUGGGUGUAAGUCUGUAUAACAAGGAGUGUUGUGUGAAAGUGGGUAAAGAGAAGGCCACACGAAUGUGAAUAGGACUGGACAGGCGCAGGUGAGGGCUAGAAAGGGGGCUACAUGGAAGGAGGCAAUGGGGCGUGCAGAGGAAAGACACAGGGAGGCUAAGAGCAAGCAAGGUAGGAACAGGGGUGGCUGGAGCUAUUGGGAAUCCAUGCUGAGGGCUGAAAGCAGAUCUCUCUGAAGAGAGGUCCAAGAGGGGACAGAGAAAGUAAGUGUCAUGAAGUAAAAGAUAAAGGUGGAUGGAGAAAGAUGAAAUUCUACACAAUACAAUUUAUGCAAAUUAUCUAUUAAAAAAUGGAAAGUUAGGUGCAGUGUAUGAAAUGGAAGGCAGUUUUUCAGAGUUUUAAGGAAGGGGAAGUCCCUCAUGGGAAAGACAUAAGCAACCAUCAGGGAAUGGCCUUUUCACUUCAGGAGAAGUGGAUGAGGACACCAUUCUGAGCACACUGUGUACUCUAGACCACUUCAAGUGCUGGGGAGAAGAGACCAACUCUUUGAAUGAACUGGACUUGGUUUUCCAAAUGCUGCUUUGGAAAUGAAGACCUAGAAGUCAGGGAAUUGAUGAUAGCUCAUGAAUCUGUGUUCCCUUCUCCUGUGUCUGUCAAGGAAAGCCAUUUCAAUAAUCCCUAAUAUGCAGUGCCAAGAAUGGCUGUAGGCAAACAUGGGGAUGAUACACGUAAAUUAGACAAGAUUAAAUCAUGUCUGCUGGCUGCACAAAGAGGUAUGUGUCAUGUUGGAAAUGUGUUUUUUCAUCCCAUCCAGGCUUCCCAUAAGAAAGGCAUGAUGUGGCUGGGAAGAAUCAAUAUCGUUAAAAUGUCUAUACUACCCAAAGCAAUAUAUAAUUUUAAUGCAAUUCCUAUCAAAGCUCCAUUGUCAUAUUUUAAAGAUCUUGAAAAAAUAAUACUUUGUUUUAUAUGGAAUCAGAGAAAACCUUGAAUAGCCAAAACAUUACUCAGAAAUAAAAACAAAGCAGGAGGAAUCACGCUAGCAGACCUGAGACUGUACUAUAAAGUGAUAGUGAUCAAAACAGCAUGGUACUGGCACAAAAACAGAGAAGUAGAUGUCUGGAACAGAAUAGAGAACCAAGAGAUGAAUCCAGCUACUUGCCGUUAUUUGAUCUUUGACAAGCCAAUUAAAAACAUUCAGUGGGGAAAAGAUUCCCUAUUUAACAAAUGGUGCUGGGUGAACUGGCUGGCGAUCUGUAAAAGACUGAAACUGGACCCACACCUUUCACCAUUAACUAAGAUAGACUCUCACUGGAUAAAAGAUUUAAACUUAAGACAUGAAACUAUAAAAAUACUUGAAGAAAGUGCAGGGAAAACUCUUGAAGGAAUCGGUCUGGGUGAAUAUUUUAUGAGGAGGACUCUCCAGGCAAUUGAAGCAGCAUCAAAAAUACAUUACUGGGACCUGAUCAAACUAAAAAGCUUCUGUACAGCCAAGAACAUAAUAAGUAAAGCAAGCAGACAGCUCUCAGAAUGGGAGAAAAUAUUUGCAGGUUAUACCUCCGAUAAAGGUUUAAUAACCAGAAUCCACAGAGAACUCAAACCUAUUAGCAAGAAAAGAACAAGUGAUCCCACCUCAGGGUGGGCAAAGGACUUGAAGAGAAACUUCUCUAAAGAAGACAGAUGCACAAUCUACAAACACAUGAAAAAAAGCUCAUCAUCCUUAAUCAUCAGAGAAAUGCAAAUCAAAACUACUUUGAGAUAUCACCUAACCCCGUAAGAGUAGCCCACAUAACAAAAUCCCCAAACCAGAGAUGUUGGCGUGGAUGUGGAGAAAAGGGCACACUUCUACACUGCUGGUGGGAAUGCACACUAAUACGUUCCUUCUGGAAGGAUGUUUGGAGAAUACUUAGAGAUCUAAAAAUAGAUCUGCCAUUCGAUCCUAUAAUUCCUUUACUAGGUUUAUACCCAGAAGACCAAAAAUCGCAAUAUAACAAAGACAUCUGUACCAGAAUGUUUAUUGCAGCCCAAUUCAUAAUUGUAAGUCAUGGCAGAAGCCCAAGUGCCCAUCAACUCAUGAAUGGACUAGCAAAUUGUGGUAUAUGUACACCAGGGAAUAUUAGGUAGCCUAAAGAAAGAUGAAGACUUUACCUCUUUCAUACUUACAUGGAUGGAGCUGGAACAUACUCUUCUUAGCAAAGUAUCUCAAGAAUGGAAGAAAAAGUAUCCAAUGUACUCAGCCCUAUUAUGAAGCUAAUUUAUAGCAUUCAUAUGGAGGCUAUAACCCAACUAUAGCACAAGAAGGGGGAAAGGGCCAAGGAAGGGGAAGGGAGGGGGAAUGUUAAGGUGGAGGGAGCAUAAUGGGUGGGGCCACACCUACGGUGCAUCUUGGAAUGGGAACAGGCGAAACCUACUAAAUGGAGAAUAAAAUGUCCACAUACAAUAUCUAAGAAAAUGCCAUGAAGGCUACGUUGAACAGUUUGAUGAGAAUAUUUCAGAUUGUAUAUGAAACCAGUACAUUGUACCCCUUGAUUGCACCAAUGUACACAGUUAUGAUUUAACAAUAAAAAAAAGACAUUAGGUAAAACCUAUGGAAAUAUAAAAAAAGAAAGAAAGGCAUGAUGUGAGGCUAAGCCUUGUGUUUUGAGCAAAAGAGAACAGAGGAAGGCAAGUGUUCGAAAGAGGGAAAGAGAUGAAAUGUUCCAAGGACCCUAUAUACUAAAACAGAACAGCAUUUGUUUUGCCCAAAACUACAAAAAAAAAGAAAAAAAAUUUAUAGACAUGAAAUUUUCCAUCUUAGUCUUUUCAGUAAGACUUCUGUCCUCUGGCAAUGUGGUAGGUCCCAAAUAUUCUUGCAUUUCCGGGAAGAUGCAGGUCUCAAUGUUUGCUGGGAAAUCCUUCUGAGUCAAAAUUUAACAUUUUUAUAGAAAUAGAUGAAUAUCUUUUCUGCUUGGCAAGUGUUUUAGAGUACUGAAUUGAGAGAGAAAGAGACUGAAGUGGUUAAUGGUGAUUUUAUUUCUGGCAUUUUAUGUUCUCUGCACAAUUAACUGCAUUGCUGGGUAGCAAAGGAGUGGUGGGUAAUUGUUCAGUGGGUGUAUCCUUUAAAAAAACAUGUUAUUGAGAAAUAAUUUGAAACUCACAAGAAGUUGCAAAAGUGGUAGAGUGGCUUUACCUAUGCCCAGGUUUCCCCACUGAUAACAUUUUACAAUAGUUGAUUUUCAACUGCAGUUUGUUUUCAGAGCCAGAAAAUUGACCUUGGUAUAAAACUAUUUAAGUGAACUGCAGACUUGAUUUGGAUUUCACCCAUUUUUCUGCAUGUAUUUAUUUAGCUGUUGAAUAGUUUUAAUUCUCGCUGUUUCAUAGUCCGGCCUUGCUUGGAUACAGAAGAAAAGAUACCAUCUGGAUACACUUCUACAAAUUUCAAGAGAAUGUGACAAAUUAAGCUGUUCCAUUAUCAAUGAGUAAUAUCCUGCCUACAUUGCUUCUAGAUUUCCUGAGCUGUUUGGCGCCUGAAACAAUCCAAGAACCCUUAGAAGGAUUGGGCAACACCAGUCACAGUAAGACUUGUCCAUAGCUUGUUGGUUAGAGACCCAAGUAUACAAGAGUAUGUUUGAGGGUUCCUCCCAGUUUCUAUGAGUGAUUUGCAGUGGACUUUACAGUAACUUUGGUUAAGAGUUAGGUGGCAUUUAGUUAACAGCACCAGGGAUUGCUUGUGGAAGGACUAUGCUACAGUGAUAAAAGCUCCUAAUGUGUGAUAAAAUACUAUUUUCAGAGUGGUAGAGAAUUUUUAUUUGCCUAAAUAGCUAUUCUUAAAUGGAAUAACCACCGCAUUGGACCAAAUUAAACACAAACACAGCAAUAGCCCGUGGGGGAGAAGUUGGAACUCCAGUUUUGUGGUCUAUAGCUUUGAGUAUUAUGAUGACAUAUUUAAACGACCUAUCUAAGGGCCACAAGAUCAUAACAGGGUGUGUCUUGUAAAGUUCCUAGGUCACUGUGAGCACUAAAUAAAUAUUUUUCAAAUGCUGUUUUUAGAAAGGCUAAAAGAUGGAAACAAAAAUUUGUCAUCCAGCAUAAUAACUAGGGUGAAUUUAGGGAGACUUCCUUGGCUAUAACAUAGUGUUUAUUUUCAAUUGAGGAGAGAGAAAAAAGCACCCAAACUUGUCCCUGGUGAAGUACACCCUCCACUUGUAUGUUUUCUGACAGUGAAAUCGAUCUACGGAUGUGCUUCAUUCCAUGGUAUUUGGGCAACCAUGAAAGGUAAUUCUCCACAGAGUACUGGAUCAAAAGCAGAGACCAGAUUCUGGCCCCAAACCCAGCCCAUUUGAAACGAGCUGCUUGGUCUCUCCUGCAGACAGCUUGCCAACACCACCACAUGCCUCCGCAGGAGAAUGAGGAGUCCCAAGCUAGCCCAUACACAUGCACAAUCACAAUUGCGUGUCAAGGAAGAAAUUUCUGAGACUCAAGGGAAAUAACGAUGGGGUAAGGUAAUUACUUCUAGUGAAAAACUGUUUCCUUGAAAAGAGGCUUGGAAGCGAUCGAAAGUCAGGAGGGUUCCUGCAAACACACCAAGAAUGUGUAAUCUAGCCUAUCCAUUGUAUGCCCUUUAUUAUUCAUGAUAUCCUAUUUCUUCUACCCUGUUGUCGGGUUACUUUUUCUGAGGACUGAAUUUCUGCAGCGAUGUGGUGCGCUCUUCUUAUGAUGUGGAAACAUCUAGGCCUUAUUCUGCAGGCUCUGGAAGAUGAUGUGUCUUGUCAAGGGGUAAACAGCCAAUGGAUUUAAUUUCUGCUUAAAUCUAUCAUAGUCAUUCCAAAAUAAAAUACGUAAAAAUGUUCUGUAUUAGAAAAAGAAACGUGAUACCAAUUGUAUAUUUUCUUUUCUUUAUUUAUUCUCUAUAUGUCUGUCAGAUGAUAAAUUGUAAAUAACAAUGAUUAAAGAGUCAUGCUACUGA